UGUCAAUCAAAGUUGCUUCUCUCUCUUUAAACCAGCAGUGACGACUAGCGGGAGUGUGAGAGAAACGAAAUCCUCUCAUUUGCUUUGAUGACAGUACUUCUGUAAUUUUCAGUCUCACUAACUUUCUUUAUGACUAAUCAUUGCUAAAAUAGCGACGUACAGCUUUAUUGUGUUGCUGAAGGCGUGUCGCGCAUCUUUAAAUCUCUCACGUGAUGUUCUUUAUAUUCCCGUCACUAAGAUAAACUGUAUAUCAAUGACAGAUGGCUGGACAAAACUCGGAAAUCGAGCUUGAUUUGAUCAAAACUGGAGAGAGAAGCUCUUUGGUAAAAGCUGAGGUAUCCAGCACUGCACCCGGAAGGCUCUCACCCAUUCCUGAGCUGGAUCCCUGGGAGAGAGAAGCAGAAACAAGCUCUACAGAAUUCACAUACUCCUUAUGCUCGGUGGACAGGUACAGCACUGGCUCCUCCUCCAGCAGCUCCCUAUCUGACUCCCAGGAGAGAGGAGAGUUCUGUGCCGGGCUUGUGCUGAAUUGUCUCUUCUGCCGAUUCUACGACUUGUUCCUCAUGCUACCUGAAACAUGUGAGCGAGCUGCUAACUCCAUCUGCCCUGCCUACAUGCUUUUCUCUCCGCCCUCGGAACCUGCGCACAAUAACAACUGGAACUGCAGUUGUGAUUUUGACUGUGGCCUUAUGGACGCCUGCCACGAAACAGGGGAAUGUCUUGAACUAGCGAUGGAAAUUUCGGAGGUUUGCUAUCACUGAGGUGCCUGCAAAACUGAAGAUAUUGCAUUGUUGGGAGAAAACUUUACAAUUCCACAUCACUUUGGGAUAAAAAUCAUCCAGAACACUACAGUCUAUGUCAAGCCAAGCUAAUGUAUGCUCAUUUGGACCUAGCAUAAUUGAAAAAAGUCAUUCUAGGUUGGAAAAUAAAUGUAAAAAUGACAAGCUACUAUUAGUGAUUUCUGCACAACUAGCAACAAUUUCGACUCUUAUAUCUAACAUAGCCCAGCCUCUAAACUCACGUCAUUGGUUAAAAUGGUAGAGAAGCGCCUCCAAGUUUUCCGAUUGGUUAAGGUGAGUGUCUUUCACUUAAAUAAGACAAGACCUCCUGUAAAACAGGCUCCUUGACAAAAAGUGUGUUUUGACUCCCACUAUGGAACGGAUCAAAUACUGAGAACAGAAAUAAACUCACAAGUACUUUCAGGUUUGGCAUGGAAAGGCUGAUAAAAUGAUACUAUCAGCUUCACUAGGUAAACAGUUCUACACAAUAACAGGCCCUUGUGCCAACGUAUGUCGAUUUUUAUCACAAUGAAGAGCGAAGUGGAGAGAAAAGGCCUUCAGUGUGUCCCUGUGUAGAUGGCUUGUUUAAACUAGAGUGCAGUUGUUAACAGCCGGUUUGAGACGGUGUUUUGUAGGACACUUGUCCUUCUAGGGCCCAUCAACCUUUGUUCUUCGUUCAGGAAGACUGCUCUCUCGAGUGCACGGCGACGGUGUAAUAGAUCGUUUUUGUCAGUGCCAGGCUCUCGUCACGUAAUGGGGAAAGCGACACUUUUGUGCAUGUGUUUGUGUGUAUGUAAUUCAGGCAUCUCUUUCAGGGAGAGGUCAAGGUAAGAGAACGAUCACGCCAGGCAGUGGGCUGGAGUGUUAUUGUGUUAUCUUGGCUUGCUAAACAUUUGUUUUCAGUUAUCAGAUAGAGAUACCAAAGGAGUAACCGGGUUGUUCAAACAACAGGAAAACCUCAGCGCAGUUAGCCAAGAAGUGGGUAGUGCUGGUUUUUCCUCCAUUUUUGUGUAAAACAAAAAUCAGUCUAAUCAAAUUGCUGGAUUGUCACAUUAAGCUCUUUCACUGGAUUUACCAAAUUAGUAGCAUAUAUCAUAUCAUAUCUUAGAAUUUUGUUUUUGUUUUGAUUAAAGGACUUGCUAGCAUGUAAAAUUGAUAUCUACAAGAAAAACUGUAUAGCCCGUUUUGUUAUCUGCAAAAUAUAUUUUUGUGUAUAUAUCUGUAUUUUUUCCUGUUCAUACAUCUGUGUAUGUAUGUAUAUAUAUAUAUAUAUAUAUAUAUAUGUACACACACAGUGGUGGCCAAAAUUGUUAGAACACUUGCCAUAUUUAAAAGGUUUCAGUUGUUUUUAUUGAAUUGGCCAUUAUAAUACCCAUAAAAACGAACCAUUGCCGGAACUACCUGCGAUGGAAUGAAUCUGCUGGAACAUUAAAAAUGAUGGACUGGCCCCCUCAAAGUCAGGACCUCAGCCCCAUUGAGCAAAUUUGGAGUGAGUUGGAAAAUAAACUGGACAGAUCUAUUGUACAUUCAAAGGAAAGCCUUUGGCUUGAGUUGCAGAAGGCAUGGGAUAACAUUAGCGUUGAAGUUCUCAGGAAAUAUAUUGACACUAUGCCAGAGAGAUGUGCUGCUGUAAUUGCUGCAAAAGGUGGACAUACCAAAUAUUAAUGUUAAAAGUGGAUAAAAAAAUAGUACGAGUCACUUCUGAUAUUUGUUGUGCUCGGAGCAACCAUCUGCAUGUUUCAUGGACAUUAUGAAAUUAAAUCAUGUUUUGGAGGCAAAAAAGGUAAAUAUUUUCAGAUCUGUCAGGUGUUCUAACAAUUUUGGCCACCCAUAUAUACAUAUAUAUGGAAUAUUCAAGAAUUCAUUUGUGAUUAGUUUGCUUUCACUUUUCUUAUGCACUGCACUUACAAUAGUUCACUUAAAAUGCUCUCUAAAAAGACUUUAGGAGCCGGUCACAUUUUCUCUGACAUAAACUGUGCCUGAGCAAACAGAUGCCUGCUUAAACGGUAAACAUCUGCAUGUCUACAACUUUUGGAUCUCUGUCAAAUUACCUGAUAGCUGUGGGAGCCACAGGGGCUGUUGGGCUUCACUAAUGGUUCUGCAUAUGGUCUUACCAUCUAUUAAAGAACUUCCCAAAAAUUAAUUUUAUUUCUUUGCAUCUGUGACUUCUUUUCAUUGUUGAUAAUGACUUUAUGGCUGUGGUACCAAUCAGGGCAUGAAUCCCACUACAGCCCAGGAGCUACCCAUAUAUCAUAAAAACCAGUAUGCUAAAAACCACUCCAUACACCAAAACAACCCUACAGCAGUGCUCUAGCAACUAACCACAAUGCCUUGCACUGCAUGAGCAAGUCCAAGUCAAUGUUACUGAAUGUGUUAAAAAAAGCAAAAUCUUGUGUAAAUAAAUUGAUAUGGUAGCCAAAAAAUAGCAGUUCUUGAGUUCUUAUCAUGUGAAAUGAUCUCUGAAUCAUGAAUGCUGAACUAUGUAGGUGUGAAGUCCAUUAUCCCUUAUUUCCCAAGAUUAUUUAGUCCCCAAUAGGCUAUCAAACAACUCAUGGCUUUUGAAUCUGGGCCAUCCGAGUGUGGAUGUAUGUCAGCCAUAUACACAAUCAAAAAGUGAGCUCCCCCUCUUAUGAACUAGGGUGGGUUUUAUGCCUUUGGGCUAUGCAGACGUUCAAUCCCAGUGUGUGUUUCACAGGCCCAUCAAGCCCAUGGGCUCAUAUCAGAGAUACCUUUCAAUCAGUAAGAGAUCCCCAUCUGACAUGACAGGUGAUUUUCCUCUGCGUCCAAUUAAUAACCUCAUUUUAACAAUUAACAGUGGAGGAUUGUGGAAAGCCCUGCGGAAAGCGAAGGCCUGAGGGAUUGGUAGCAGUUUUAGGUUUCGCUGAAGCAAAGCAGAUCCCCCUAGGUUGGCUCCCAUCAUCCCCGGUCAUAAGGCCACGCCCUUUUCCAGGUGUUGCCCUAUGAGAGGUCUCCGAGGACGGGACGAGGUUGAAGAUGGGCAGGGGUGGGAGAGCGCAUAUGGCAGGGAAUGAUGGAGUAUGGAGUGAAACCUCUCUGCCUUUACACCCUGCGGAGAAGAGGAAAUUAAAGACCAGGCGGAGGGAAGGAGAGCGUUAGGGGGUGUUUGUGGAAGGAAAGGGUGAUUUAAGUGUCAGGACGGGGGGGAUGGGACUGUGGAGUUAAUUACUGAGUAAUGAGGGACAAUUUAUUGUGUUCUUGUUAGACACAUCAAAAUGCCUAU